AUGGAGUCUUUCCUCGAACCAAAGCAAAGCCCAAAAAAACACCGUUCGCUAACCCCAUCGAGAUUAAUAAAAGGCAUCAUUUGCCUAAUCAUCUUAAUCUCAACCGCAUUCGUGCUUUUGGUGUACUUCGGCUUCUGGACAGCUGUCCCGUUGAGGCUCGUCAGCGUACAUCACAGCAGAAAAGCAACUGCAUUGUUCUUCGGGAGCUGGAUUGCUUUGUGGCCUUUCUUGUUCGAGAAAAUAAACGGGACCAAAGUGUGUUUUUCGGGGGACCGCUUGCCCGUGGAGAGGCGCGUGUUGCUUAUCGCGAACCACAGGACGGAGGUCGACUGGAUGUACUUGUGGGACCUUGCUUUGAGAAAAGGCUGUGAGGGUUAUCUCAAGUAUGUUUUGAAGAGCAGCUUGAUGAGACUGCCCGUUUUCGGAUGGGUUUUUCACGUGAUGGAGUUUAUUCCGGUCGAGAGGAAAUGGGUGGUUGAUGAAUUCAAAAUGUGCCGGAUUCUGUCGAGUUUUAGGGACUCCCGUGAUCCUAUGUGGCUUGCUCUUUUCCCAGAAGGCACCGAUUUCACGGAACAGAAGUGUGCGCGUAGUCAAAAGCAUGCAUCCGAAAACGGGCUGCCUGUUCUGAAAAAUGUGUUGCUCCCGAAGACAAGGGGAUUUUAUGCUUGCCUAGAAACUCUGAGGGACUCACUCGAUGCAGUCUAUGACAUCACAAUCGGCUACCGACACAAUUGCCCCUCAUUCUUAGACAAUGCCUUUGGAGUUGACCCUUCCGAAGUUCAUAUUCACGUCCGUCGAGUUUGCCCUAACGAACUCCCAAAAUCCGAGGAUGAAGUAUCUUCGUGGCUAACAAGCACAUUCGAACUCAAAGAUCAAAUGCUGUCCGAAUUUUACAAAACGGGUCAUUUUCCUAACGAGGGUACGGAAGGGAACCUCUCGACAAUGAAAUGUAUGGCGAAUUUCGUUGUGGUAAUGAUAUUGACCGGGACUUGCGUGGUUCUUAGCUUUCAAUAUGUUUGGUUCAAAGUAUAUGUUGCUUUGGUUUGUAGUUACUUGGCCACAACAACAUAUUUGGAUGUUCGGCCAUUUCCCCUUUUUCGUCAGUGA